AUGACAGGUCUGGGGCAUUCCGCCCUAAGCUUAUUGCGAGCCUCUUUGGAAAGAGGGCAGCGCACUCGAGCCUCCAAAUAUUUGGAAACGUGCUCCAACGUUGAAGAUCGAGUUAAUCAGCAUUUCACCAGAAGACAAUGUUGGGAUUACCGAGCUUGUGGUCAGAGUGGCAGAAUCUCCUCACCAUCACAUAAAAUGACAUUCAGCACCUCUUGCUGCUCCUCAAAUAACUGCAGGGCGCCACUUCCGGAAUUGCCACCAGAAAAUGUAACAAAUAACGGACUGGUCUGCCCGGCCUGUUCCACCUUCUCGGGGUGUAAAGAUCAGCCGCGCAGCGCCAUGAAAUGCCGCGGAGAUGAGACACGGUGCUUUCAGUACACACGCUCUUUGAAUCAAAAGGAGUACAUAUUCGGCUGCGCGUCUCUUUGGUAUUGUAAUUUACGUCUCUUAAUUGGUCAAAUAUAUCGCGCUAAACUCGAACCAGUGAUAAUGAAAAACUGCACAAAGGCGAGCAGCACAAGUUCUCUGCCAGUGGAAAAUUAUUUGAUAUGCAAGCAAUGUCAAGGCGAUCUAGACUACAAAUGUGAAAAUUAUGCUAAAUGUGCUCCAGAGCAUGAUGCCUGCGUGACCACAAUUUCACAGACCAUAUACGGAGGAUACAAGAGGAAUAUACAGCGCACAAGAAGAUGUGGGUCCUCCGCAGAGUGUGACACCGCCGGGAUCAUCACCACCGUUCAGAAGAUUAUUUCCAGAAGCACCACCUGCUGUUAUUAUGACAACUGUAUUCCUCCAUUACCAACUUUGCCCUCAGAAAGCAAUGAAACCAAUGGACACAUCUGUGAAAACUGUUAUAUUAAAGAGCAGGAUAGAUGCGUAGCCAGAGAUCACAUCGCCUGCACCGGGAACGCAACGCGCUGUAUUUCUUACACAGAGGAAACCACCGAAGGGCUGUACAGAAGCAAAGAAAUCCUGCAUGGCUGCACCCACCCCAGUAUAUGUGACAGCAAAAAUGUGACCGUCACCCACGAUGAUAGGACCCUCCAGGAGACCAAAAUAUGUGGCCCUCCAGGAAGAAGCAGCGUGCAUCCUCCUCACCUCCUACACGUCUGCUUCAUAGUCGUGUCAUUGCUUACACUUGGGAGGUGAGGACAGGCGACCUCCAACAAGCCGGAAAUCCGCCAAUCCGUCUCCUCAGAUCCAGUGGAGGGCGGGCUCCGGAUAAACAGCGCCUCAUCUCCGUGGAUCAGCUUACU